AUCCUUCGCGAAGAAGAGGGCGAAGAAGAAGUGGAUGAAUUCGGCCGCGUCGUCCGAGCAGGCGACUUUGCGCGCACAGACGGCCGCGUCAUCCUCGACGGACAAUUCUCCAAAAGCCUCCCACCCAGAACCAAGCCUCUCACCUCCCGUCCCAAAUCUCGCCCUUACAAACUCAAAGACGGUGAGGCACGAGUCCCAGUCCCAGUCCCAAUCCCACUUGAAGACGAGAUGGACGGCGUGACUCCCACCCGCGCAGACUUUCGCAAUAGCGCAGGGUCGAGCUCUAGUGGACUCGGGACGGGUGCAGGUGGUGGGACUGGUAAUGGCUCGAGCACCGCUUCUACUUCCUCGCUGUCCCUUCCCUUCCCUGCGACGCCCCAGAGCCCCGUAGCGUUCUCGGAGACGGGACCUAACCCCUCGUCGGGCAUGACGCAUAUGCACAAGCACUCUCUAUCUCAGUCAUCGACGCUGUCAUCAUGUGACGUUGAUAAAUCACUCCCUCCACUCCCUUUGACCCCGAAGAAAUACCCGCCUUCGCUUUCUAGGUUGAGGACGUAUUCGAGCACGUCGAGUGUUGGGUCUGUAGAGUUGGGCGGUGGGGGGCUUAGGAUUAUUAGUGAGGCCGGGACCGGGACGCCACGCCCUUCGUUGGGCAGCGUGCCGAGAUCUUCGUUGGGCGGUGUGCCGAGGCCUUCGUUGGGUGGUGUUCCGAGACCUUCGUUGGGCGGUGUUCCGAGACCUUCAUUGGGUGGUGUUCCGAGAUCUUCGUUAGGAGGCGUCCCACGACCGUCCUUGGGCGGUGUACCCCGACCGUCGCUGAGCUCACCCCGGCCCUCGAUGAGCCCCCACCCGUCUGCAUCUAACACCUCGUUGUCGACGCCUAAUCCGUCUUUGCCCAGUCUUGCGGGGCAGAGCAGCGAUGGUGUAGGUGUAUCCUCUGUGCCGUUCGUGAGCGCGAGCACGAGAGACAGCGCCUUCACGAACCCCAGAGAGAUCAGCAGCAUCACUAUCCCAAGCGCCUCGAACCCUCGAGAAAGCGGCACCCAGAGCCCCCUCCCACGCACCCUCAAACUCCUCCAACCAGGCGAACAGCCCCAACGGCCGGGGGGAGUACUGACCUACAACCGAAACGUGCAUGAUCAGCUUAAGCGUGCACAGUCUCAACCGCAGCCACAGCCUCCUUUGAUGCAAUCACACACGACUAUUCUGCCUUUGUCGCCUGUGAUGCGGACACUUGUGAAGCCUAAUCCUUCGGGGAGUAUAGGGAGUAUGACUAUAAGUAUGGGGAUAGAUAGGCCAAAGUCACGGACAGGAACGGGUAUGGUGUAUCACUCGUCCUCGGGUCCUGCUGGAAGCAGGAUGAGGGUGCCGAGUACUGUUAGGCCUAGCGGGAUUGGUGUUGCGUUGUGAGUGGUGAGUGCGGUUGUUCCCUUUCCUUUUGUGAGGUCGGAGUGUU